ACUUCAGGUCAGGUGGAGAAGAAGAAGAGGUCCUCCAUUACGUGUGACCGGGAUUGACGGCUGCUGUGUUGUUAUUGUUUAUAUUUUGAAAGCGAAGGAUUUAUUGAGUUAAAUCACUAAAAUAACUUGACGCCGAGAUGCCUCCCGUAGAGGCGCCGCCCUCUGCGGAGGAGAAGAAGAGCGUGGUUGGGUUCAUUUAUCCGCCGCCGGAAGUGAGAAAUAUUGUUGACAAGACAGCAAAUUUUGUUGCCCGUAAUGGACCAGAAUUUGAAGCCCGUAUUCGUCAGCAUGAGCAGAAUAACCCCAAGUUCAACUUCCUUAAUCCUGGUGACCCAUAUCAUGCAUAUUAUCAGCACAAGGUUAAUGAAUGCCGUACUGGGAAACCAGGUGACAAAGAUAUUCCCCCACUACCGGGUGGUCGAGGGCCACCCCAGUCUGUGUCACAGACACAGCAGCAGAAGCAGCAGGAGUUGCUGCGUUCAGCUGUACUGGAAGCUACUACACCAAAGGAACCCCCACCAGAUUAUGAAUUUAUUGCUGACCCACCUUCCAUAUCAGCAUUUGAUUUAGAUGUGGUGAGACUUACAGCCCAGUUUGUGGCACGUAAUGGCAGACAGUUUUUAACAACACUUAUGAACCGUGAGCAGCGCAACAAUCAGUUUGAUUUCCUUCGGCCUCAACAUUCACUAUUCCAGUACUUUACCCGUUUAUUAGAGCAGUACACCAAGGUCCUUAUACCUCCAAAGGAUCUCAUGAAGCGCCUCACUGAAGAAGCACAGAGUCCUCAGGCUGUCAUGAAGCAGGUUAAUCAACGUGUGGAGUGGGAAAGGCAUCAGGCAGCAGUUAGGAAGAAAGAGGAAGAAGAUGCAGAAAGAGAGAGACUGGAAUAUGCUGCUAUUGACUGGCAUGAUUUCUCUGUUGUUGAAACUAUUGAUUAUCAACCUUGGGAAGUUGGUUCUUUCCCUCCUCCUACAACAGCAGCAGAGGUAGGCAGACGUGUUCUGCUCCAAGAGCGUAUUGAUGAAGGAAUCACUCCAGACACAGACAUGGUUUUGGGAAGUGAUGACGAAGAAGAACCUGAAGAGGAAGAGGAGGAGGGUGCUCCAGGUGAUCAUGAUGACACUCAGGUGCUGGACAUGGAAGAGGAAAGUAGCUCUGAGGAAUCAGAGUCAGAGGAAGAGGAGGAACCUCAACCUCCACAGCCACCACCUCAGCCUCAACCAUCUCAACCACCACCACAGCCACCACAAACUCAACCAAGUGAAAUUAAAAUGCCACAGCCGCCACUCCCACGAGAACCACCGCAGCCAGCACCAGCACCUCCUGUUGCUGGACAGUUAGUUGUCAAAGACUAUAACCCACGUCAGCAGCAACGUGCUAACACUGCCAAGACUGCUAAUGCUGACCCAUACCUUGUUUCUCCCAUCACUGGCGAGAGGAUUGCUCCUGAUAAGGUUAGCCAACAUUUGCGCAUCAACAUGUUGGACCCUAGAUGGCUUGAAGACAGAGAUCGUAUGAUGGCUGACAAAGUAAACCCUGACACCGUAUUUGCCACAGGUGAAUCUAUUCGGUCUUCACUCAAGCAAUUGGCUGAAAGACGUACUGAUAUUUUUGGUGCUGGUGAUGAAGAAACUGGAAUUGGUAAGAAGAUUGGUGAAGAGGAAAAACGUGAAGAGAAAGUGACAUGGGAUGGUCACACAGGUUCCAUGGAAGCUGCAACAAGAGCUGCACGUGCAAAUAUAUCCAUUAAUGAGCAGAUUCAUCAGAUUCAUAAAGUGAAGGGCCUGCUUCCUGAUCAGGAAAAGGAGAAGAUUGGACCUCAGCCAAAGCUGCCGGUAUCUACCGCUCCACCCACAAAUGUAAGUCACUCCCGCCCAGCUCCACCACCUCCAAAAGCUCAGCCUCCACCACCUCCAAAGCCACAGCCACCUCCUCCUCCCCCAAAAUCUGCUCCACAGCCAGCACCUCCUCCCCCACCUCCAAAACCCUCUGUGGUAACUCCUUCUCAGCCUGUAAUGGCAGUUAAUAUUAGAGGUCCAAUGCCUCCCGUAGCACCUGUAAUGGUAGUACCACCUGUUAUGAUGGCUCCUCGUCCUGCAAGCUUCAUGCCUGGCCCUCCUGCACCACCUGUUCCAGGAUUUAUGGCCCCUCAGCCACCUCAGUCAGCACCUCCUCCACCAUCUGGACCACCACCACCAGGUCCUCCAAUGGGAGGUGUGGUUGGUGUGGACAAAGAUGAUGAUGAAGGACCUGCUGCAAAGAGGGCACGAACAGAAGACACACUCGUUCCAGAAGAAGAUUGGGCGAGACGGUUCCCUGGUCCCGUCAAAUUCCAGGUUGCAGUUCCUCAGGUUUCUGAUAAACCAGAAUGGCGCCUGAUGGGCCAGACACUUUCACUGACCCUUCCAGUAACAGAUCCAGUAUCUGUUGUUAAAGCUAAACUUCAUGAAGAAACUGGUUUGCCCCCAGGUAAGCAGAAGUUAGCAAGAGAUGGAUUGUUCUUCAAGGAUUCACAGUCUUUGUCUUAUUACAAUGUUGGACCUGGAACUGUCAUCCAAUUACAGCUGAAGGAACGUGGUGGACGUAAGAAGUAAAAUAUAUGCAUUUCACCACUGCAUUCAGUUUUUGAUUUGCGCUUGACAGUUGACUUGUAAACUUAAAUAUCUAGGUCAUACAUUUUAUCAUUUAAAAAUUCUUAUGUCACAGGUUGUAAUGACUUACAAUUUAGCAUUUGCUUUAAAAUCACAGUUCAGUUAAAAUAUCUUAUUAACUUUCAGCAAAAUUUAGGUGGCAGUCUCUGAAAUUUCAAAGGAAAUGUAUUAAAAAAUGCAGUAUUGUUAUGAUAACAUCUAAUUUAAUGUAUUCAAAAAUUAAAUAUUGAAAUAACAUCUAAUUACAAUAUAUAUUUUGUAAUGUAUACUAAUAGCAUACAGUACCAUAAAAUAUGACUACUGCAUUCUUGGUAAAAGCUGAGAGUAUUCUUUAUUGCCAUAAGUUAUUUGAGAGUCCAAAAUUAUUGGUAGCUUAUCAAAGUAGCUUUGAUUAUAUAUGGACAACAAAAGAAGCAAUAUUACAUCUGUUGCUUACAGUAUAUUGAUGUAACUAACUCCAACUCAGUGUAGUGUCAAGGAAUUAACUUGUACGUAUAUGAAUUCAAAUAUAUGAAUGUUGUAUAUGCAUUUCAUGUGACAAUGAAUCUGCUUCGGAAUUUAAGUAGCUCAUAUCCAUUACAUUAACCCUGAAGUAGGAAUUUGUUACUUUUAAAAAAUAAUAAUUAUAAUAGGGUAAUUUUAUGAUAUGAAUAAUUAUAUGUAUUUUCAUGACAAUAUAAGUUUUCUUGAUUAUGUACUGUAGUUACUUUUAUCCCAAUAAACACAGUAUGCUUGGAA